GUCUUUGUUAUAAAAGUGAGCUUGUUGGAAUAGAGUUGACAUACAGAACAUUAGACUUCUUUCCUUCCUGACGUGUUCUACACAAAACUAAAUCCUAUAAUGACUGGAGUUAAAGGAGGUCAUGGCCAACAGAGCCAACAAUGCCAGCAAGGGCAGCAGGGUCCUUAUGGAGGUAACGGCCAGCAGAACCUCCAUGGAGGAUAUGUCAAUCAAAGCCAACAGUACCAGCAAGGGCAACAGUGUCAUCACGGAGGACAACAUGGACAACAAGGACAACAUGGGCAGCAUGGCAGCCAUGGACCUCAGAAUCUAUCCCAGUGCAACAAUCCCUGCCAAGAUCCUUGUCAACAGCAGCAAGGUGGACAUCAAGGUGGUAGGUUCUAGGCUAACGCUGAUACGAAAGUGAACUUCUAGAUAUUAGAUUCAGCAUCACCUUGGGUCCUUACAAAUAAUAAUACAGAUUGAACAAAUAUAGUGGUAAACUAAUGUUUAAAUGAAAACAUUUCAAUAUUUGCAAGCUCCAAUAAUGAUCAGUGUAUUUUGCAGUAUUUCUCCAAACACUAUUUUAUUAUUUAAUCUAUUGAAGUUACACAUUUUAUUUUUAAAUUGAGCUUUUCUCGUAAUAAUAUCACAUUUGUUAAAUAAAUAGCACCUUUGUAUAGAACAUAAGUAGCAUAAAGUAAUCUGAUUUCCAAGCACAAAUGGCAAGAUACUGUUAUAUAUGCUUUAUAUGUUUACUGACUUUAUUAUAUUUUUACAGGAUGGAACGCUGGGCAACAAUGUCAGGACCAGGGGUCUUAUGGCCAGAAAUAAGGUAAAUAUAUCAUUACUGACUAAGGCUUUCAGGAUUAUAACAAUUCUAACACAGCUAAAGUUACAAUAGAUUCCUGUUAAAGUAUACAUAGGGAAUACAGCUAUAUGUUAUAACUCCAUCUUCACCUGACGGGUCCUCUUUGGUGCUGACGUCACUGCAGUACUUUUCCAUUUGCACGAGAGGCACAGCCAAUUCCCUGCAGCUGUCACUGAUGACGACUGCAGAGAUUGACUCUGUAACUUCGCCUUGAGUCAAAAAAAGUCAGGUGGAGGAGAAAUACAGAGACAAAGUAGUCCCAACUGUGUCUGUAUGCCUCUUGACUGGGAUGGAAUUUCAGACCAACACCAAACCAAAAAUAAACUUUUGAUUUAAUUUCCUCUUUUGUGCUUGCCACAGAAAUAGUUAUUACAUCUAUGAAUUUGUUGCAAUAUUUCAAUUCCAUACAUAUGUCACUCUUCCUACUUAUGACCUAAAUUAUCGGACUUCACAAUUCCUUCCAAACAGCUUAAGUUGGGCUAGCCAUAUUUAUACUCUGUUUGUAGGUUUUGCUUUCACCACUCUAAAUAUGCACAAAAGGAGGCAAGAUUAUUCAUCCUUGGGUUAUUGUUAAUGUUUCUUUUGGAUAUGACAAUGGAAGACAAUGGUCUCCUGACUGGUCACUUAGCAUAUCAAAAGAAUUCACAACGCAUGUGUCAUUUUUAACUUCUUGCAAAGGUGCUGGUUGAAAUCACAGCUUUAAAGAAAAGAAUUCAUGCUGUAAUCCUUUUGUUGUAUCACCCUGUACAAUCAAAUUAGCUCCUCUCAUGCUGAAAUUGGCCAUACCAUCUCUACUAGGUAGCUAAUUCAUCUAUACACUACACACAUCACAUUAAAUAGCAUUAUUCUAUAGUACAACAAUGAAUUAUGUAUAUGUACCCUUGACUUGACACUAGUAGUUUUUAAUACAUAUAGACUAGUUUUUAAUAAAUAUAGACAUUCUUCGUUAAGAAUUGUCUAUAUUUAGUAAUAACUGGAAAGUGUCUAGUCUGUUUAAUAAUAAAAUCUGUUUUUGAUUUGGCUAAAAUGUCCAGUCUAUCAGAAGUUAUAAUUUCAAUCAGGAUACUAAUGAGAAUACACUAAUGGCUUUCUCAUAUCUUUAUUUAUGAAAUGUAUACAUCUUGAAGCAGCAGAGGUAGAAAUAGAUAAAUAGCUAUUUUUAAGAACGAAAAUAUAUAGUUUUAGUUCUUUUUAUGAACUAUUAUAAAUACAUUUAAAGGGGACCUGUCCAUUCUCUGGAAUUUCUACCGAUAGAUAAAAUAUUCCACAUCACCUAGAACUUUAGCUAACCUAUUUUCAUGAGAUGUUACAGAUAUUACAAAUGGGAUCAUAGCUAACUGGUGUCUUGCUGCAUAUUCAUAUUUCUGCUUUUGUAUUGUUACUAGUAAAAAAAAUAAAAAAUUAAAAAGUGUUUUUGCUGUACUUUCCUUAUAAUUACACAUUCUGUUUUCUUUUUAGAGACAUUACAGAAAGUGGGAAAGACAAUGACAGUAAAAUUAUGCCAAUCACAUGUCGCUGGUUGAUCCAUUUAUGCUUGUGGAACCACACAAAUAAAUAAAAUUCUUAUUGCAAAUUUAAA